AUGAGCAGUUCUAUCAAUAGCAGCAGUAGCAGCAGAAGCAGUUGUGGAUUGUGUCCAUUUGCAGUGCAGGUGAUUAAGGGAAGAUGGUUCACAGUUUUUGCCUCUUUUCUCAUCAUGGCUGGAGCUGGUGCAACUUAUCUCUUUGGUGUGUAUUCAAAAGACAUCAAGUCCACUCUUGGAUAUGACCAAACCACCCUCAACUUGUUAGGCUUCUUCAAAGAUCUUGGUGCAAAUGUUGGUGUGCUCUCAGGCCUAAUUGGUGAGGUAACUCCAGCUUGGUUUGUGCUCCUUGUAGGUUCUGCUAUGAAUUUUGCAGGCUACUUCAUGAUUUGGCUUUCUGUGACUGAGAAAAUUGCCAAGCCUAAAGUUUGGCAGAUGUGUCUUUACAUAUGCCUUGGAGCCAAUUCUCAGAAUUUUGCAAAUACAGGAGCUCUUGUCACUUGUGUCAAGAAUUUCCCAGAGAGUAGAGGUGUUAUGCUUGGUCUGUUAAAGGGUUUUACUGGGCUCAGUGGAGCUAUUUUUACCCAACUUUACUUGGCAAUUUACCCGAAUGACUCAAAAUCUUUGAUUCUUCUAAUUGGGUGGCUGCCUGCUGCACUAUCAGUUGUUUUUGUUUACACCAUUAGACCAAUGAAAGCUGUUAAGCAACAAAAUGAGCUGAGAGUCUUUUAUCACUUCCUCUAUAUCUCAGUCUCCCUUGCAUUGUUCAUCCUGGCUAUGAGUCUCAUUCAAAAACAGGUUGCUUUCUCCCAAGCUGCCUAUGCCGGAACUUCCGCUGUCGUUUGUCUGUUCCUCUUUCUCCCUCUUGCCAUUGCAAUUAGAGAAGAGCUAGUCCUCUGGAACCUCAAGAAAAAACCAGUUGAUCCUCCAACUGAGGUGUCCAUUGAGAAACCACAAGAAAUUCAAGAAAUAAAGGAUGAUUCAGAUUUGCAAGUACAGAACACAAAGAGCACAACUUGUUUUGGCGACAUUUGCAAUAAACCAGAAAGAGGAGAAGACUAUACAAUUCUACAAGCACUCCUGAGCAUGGACAUGAUGAUAUUGUUCAUUGCAACAUUUUGUGGACUUGGGUCAAGUUUGACAGCAGUAGACAACUUGGGUCAAAUUGGUGAGUCUCUGGGAUAUCCAACCAAAACAAUAAAAACAUUUGUGUCCUUGGUGAGCAUUUGGAACUACUUUGGGAGGGUCUUUUCUGGGUUUGUCUCUGAAAACCUAAUCGUAAAGUGGAAGGUUCCAAGAACACUCAUGAUGACCUUUAUGCUUGUUCUUUCAUCUCUUGCCUACCUCUCCAUUGCCUUCCCAUUCCCUGGUUCAGUCUAUGUGGCAUCAGUGAUCAUUGGAGUUUCUUUUGGUGCUCAAUUGACAUUGCUUUUCACAAUCAUUUCUGAGCUGUUUGGCCUAAAGUACUUUGCCACAUUGUUUAAUUGUGGACAACUAGCAAGCCCACUUGGGUCUUAUAUUCUGAAUGUAAAGGUCACUGGGAUGCUCUAUGACAGGGAGGCAUUGAAACAGCUAGCAGAGAAAGGGUUGACUAGGUCAUCAGUGAAGGAGCUGACUUGCCUUGGGGGUCAAUGCUAUAGGCUUUCUUUCUCCAUUUUAGCUGCUGUCACAUUCUUUGGUGCUCUUGUUUCUCUGGUUUUGGUGAUGAGGACAAGAAAGUUCUAUAAAGGUGAUAUAUAUAAGAAGUAUAGAGAGGCUGCAUAG